AAGUAUGAUUUAGGCAUUUGAAUGUUUAAAGGAAAACGAGUGACGAAUAGACAAUAUACUUAAAAUAUUCGUAUGGAAUAAUAAUUUUCGGCAAACAUCUAAUAUAGCUACAUAUAUACAUAUGUAUGUGUAUUAUUUUAUAUAUAGACGUAAUUUAUCAAUUUUAUUCAUUCUCGAAAUCUUUGAUCCCUAUUUAUAAAUGAACAUACGAAUCUUCAUAAUGUUUCAAAUAGUUAAUGGCCGAUAUCGAAGUGACAAUUGUUUUUUAAAGUUUUCAAUCGUACACUUGUUAAUACUUUCGUACUGUCUUGUUUAAAAAUUUUCAGUUUUUUUUAUCCUGCUUUUUCUAUGUAACAAAACAAACUCAAAAGGUGUUUAGUUUGCCUACAGGAAUUUAGUCAAGUGCCCAUUAGUUUCCACUAUGGCAACAUCCGUGUCAGUUGAUGAGCGUAUGUUAAAAGGAAUAAGAAAAAUAAUUCCAAAUUUGAAUAAUACCAAAUAUAAAGGACAAGAUGGUAGAAUUGGAAUAUUUGGUGGUAGUAUCGAAUACACUGGUGCCCCGUAUUAUGCAGCAAUGAGUGCACUUCGCACUGGAUGUGACUUAGUGCACAUAUUUUGUGCGAAAGACGCAAGCAUUCCUUUGAAAUCAUUUAGCCCAGAACCUAUUGUUCAUCCAGUUUUAGAUCAAUAUGAUGCGAUUAAACAAGUAAGACCAUGGCUUGAUCGUUUGCAUGUAAUCGUUAUCGGACCAGGUCUUGGUAGAGAUGAUAAAAUAUUUAAAACAAUUGUUGAAUUAAUUUCAAUUUGUCGUGAUAUGAAAAAGCCACUAGUAAUUGACGCGGAUGGAUUAUUUCUAAUUAGCCAAAAGCCUGAUAUUAUAAAAGAGUAUCCAGGUGUAGUUCUUACUCCUAAUGCAAUGGAAUUCAGUCGUCUUGUUAAAGGAGUACUGGACAAAAAUGUUCAACCUACACCAAUGAUUAAAGCUAACGAUGUUAAACAUUUGGCAGAUGCAUUUGGCAAAAAUGUAGUAAUUUUGCACAAAGGAGCAAAGGAUGUAAUUGCAGAUGGACAUAAAGGUACAGAAGCUGUGUCAUGUGGAUUAGCAGGUUCUGGAAGAAGAUGCGGAGGUCAAGGAGACUUACUAUCUGGCGCAUUGGCUGUAUUUUGGUGGUGGGCUAUUUGCGCUGGAAGUAGUGAAAGUGCUUUGUCACCUCCAAUAGCUGCAAGUUACGCUGCAUCUAGAUUAGUAAGAGAAUGUAAUGCAUCUGCAUAUAAGAUAAAGCAAAGGGGAAUGCUAACAUGUGAUAUAUUGGAACAAAUACAGCCAGUUUUUGCUAGAAUUUUUGAAACUCAUUGUAACAAAACAUCUUCAUUCAAUGGGAGAAGUCGAACACGAAGCACUGAUUCCUGAAUUAUACCUAUAAUUCCUUAAUUUUUUAUAGUACAUAAAAAUUUAGUAUAUUUUUGGAUCAUUAAAUCAUGAAGUGAUAUCGUUAGAAAGGAAAAUUAUAUAAAUUCAGGAAUGUAAAAAUCACAAUGAAUUUAUUAUAACUAAUGAUAGAUCUUUUUAAUGUCAUUAAAUGCAUUACAAAAUAAAUAAAACAUUUUAUAAGCUUUCAUAGA